CCGAUCAUCAACUAAAGCGCCUCGUCGCACGGCCCAGCAGCCCCAAGAACUCGUCGCGCGGUCCUCGCUCGCAAACAUGCCUGCCGCCCUGCGCGCGUCGCCCAUGGGCAGGAGACUGCUGCUGGACGGCCGCUCGCCCGCGCGCCGCACGCUGCUGCGCCACUCCACCGUCCAGCGGCGAGACGGCUCGGUCGCCCCGCUGAACAAGCUGAGAGGCUUCAUCGAGAUCGAGCGCAAGGCUCCUGCGCCAUACCGGCCCGCAGCCGACAGGCUCGCCGACUACGCAGAGAUCAACGGGCCCGCAGACCAGGCCGAGCUCACGCGCCAGUCUGCGCGGUGCAUGGACUGCGGCACGCCCUUCUGCCACACGCACACGGGCUGCCCGAUCAGCAACGUCAUCCCCGAGUUCAACCAGCAGGUCUUCGACGGCGAGUGGCGGCAGGCCUACUCCAACCUCGCCUCGACCAACAACUUCCCCGAGUUCACAGGCCGCGUCUGCCCGGCGCCCUGCGAGGGGGCCUGCGUCGCCGGCUUGGUCGACGAGAGCGUCACGAUCAAGUCGAUGGAGUACUCCAUCAUCGAGCGGGCGUGGUCCGAGGGGUGGGUGGUUGCGGCGCCGCCCGCGCGCCGCUCGGGCAAGAAGGUCGCCGUGGUUGGGUCGGGCCCUGCCGGGCUCGCCGCGGCGGACGAGCUCAACAAGAAGUACGGCCACGCGGUGACCGUGUUUGAGCGGGCGGAGCGGGCGGGGGGGCUCCUCACCUACGGCAUCCCAAACAUGAAGCUCGACAAGGAGACUGUGCAGCGCAGGGUGGACCUGAUGGAGGCGGAGGGGAUCUCCUUCGUCACCGGCGCAGAGGUCGACGCCGCCGCCAUCAGCGAGACCGUGGAGGGGUUCGACGCCACCGUCCUCGCCAUCGGGUCGACGGUCGGGCUCACCUCCAAGUACGGCGGCGGCUUCAUCUCUGCAAAAGGCAAGCACGUCGUCGUCAUCGGCGGCGGAGACACCGGCACGGACUGCAUCGGCGCGUCGCUGCGGCACGGCUGCAAGCGCCUCCCUGGACACCUCCGAGACACGUCCUGCACACCCCUGCCAGGCACGUCGCUGCGGCACGGCUGCAAGAGCCUCAUCAACUUCGAGCUCUUCCCCGCCCCGCCCGACGAGCAGGACAAGCGCGGCGAGGCGUCCGGCAACCCGUGGCCUCUCUGGCCGCGGAUCAUGCGAGUCGACUACGGCCACGAGGAGGCGUCGCACCGCUUCGGCGCCGACCCGCGCACCUACUCCGUCCUCUCCAAGGAGUUCGUCUCGGACGGCGCCGGCCGCGUGCGCGCCGUCAAGACAGUGCAAGUUGAGGUUGGGCCGGACGGCCGGUUCGCAGAGGUGGAGGGGAGCGAGAGGGAGCACCCCGCGGACUUGGUCAUCCUCGCGAUGGGGUUCCGCCACCCGGAGCAGGAGAUCGUGCGCGCGUUGCGGCUCGAGACCGACCAGCGCUCCAACGCAAAGGCGAGCACGAGCGACUACAAGACCUCCGCCCCCGGCGUCUUCGCGGCGGGCGACUGCCGGCGCGGCCAGUCGCUCGUCGUCUGGGCGAUCAACGAGGGUCGCGGCGUCGCAAAGUCGGUGGACGCGUACCUCGGAGGGAAGGGGUGGUGAGAGGGGCGAGAGGGGGGGCCUUGCAGGCGGGCGAGGCGCCCGCUCCGCAUCCGCCGCCGCCGACGGGCAUGCGGCGGCGGUGUGGCGGUGGGCGUGGCAGGGGACGAGAGCCGCACAGCGACCAGCACGAGCAGCGGGCAGCGCAUGUUAUGGUAUCGGUCGGUGAUGCGCGGGGACACCCUCGUGACCCUGUUUUGUACGUCGUCUAUUGUUGCGCGCCCUCGGUGGAUUGGCGCAGUGAGGAAGGGAUGUUCAUCUAGUAUGAAUUCACCGC